CUCAACGGCCGCUUUGCUCCUCCCCCCGGGGACUGCCAAAGACACAAUGGAGGAAUACCAAGGGCCCUGCGAUGAGGUUGGCUUCAAUCCUGAGGAAGCACAUAAUAUAGUCAAAGAGUGUGUUGAUGGAAUCUUGGGAGGUGAGGACUACAAUCAGGAAAACAUCAAUCAAUGGACUGCAAACAUAGUAGAGCAAUCCAUAUCACAUUUGGUUAAGCUGGGAAAAGCUUAUAAGUACAUCGUGACCUGUGCAGUGGUCCAGAGAAGUGCAUUUGGUUUUCACACUGCCAGCUCCUGUUUUUGGGAUACUACGUCUGAUGGUACCUGUACCGUAAAAUGGGAGAACCGCACGAUGAACUGCAUUGUUAAUGUUUUUGCGAUUGCAAUUGUCCUGUAACCCACUAAAUAUUUUGGGUUAAAGCCAUUAACUUAAAUUUGUAAGUGUAUCCUUUCUAAAAAGAGUAAUGAUUAGUUAUUAAUGUACUAGAUGACAAGUGUGCAAUAUGCUUCAAAGCUAGCAACAAAAAACUGAAUAUUGUAAGCAGAAGUCUAGUAUAUAGGAAGUUGGCAGAUUAUCUAGUAUGCUAUACUACAUAAUAGUAUAGCAUAUACUACAUAAUAUACUACAUAAUAGUAUAGCAUACUAUUUAAAGAUAUAAAUGUUAGCCAAAAAUUAAUGCAAAAAUAUAAACUGACAAGAAUCUUAUAUUUAUAUAAGCCUUUCACUAGCAUUAUGUACCUACAGAGAUGGGAAAAAUCUAUUUAGAUACUGACAUUAUCUUUAACAGGGAUAAAUAUGUGAACAAAGAAGCUGCAAGGAUAAAUGCAGAGUAAAGUACAUGAAUUAUAUAAUACCUUUCAGGUUUAUUUUAAUUUUUUUCCUCAUGGAAUUGUUCAUGGAAAGUAAUUUUGACACCCCCCACACCCACACCUGCAUCAAAUGUUAUGGUAGCAACUGUGACUCAUUUGUUUCUUUUUCCUAAAAACUGGCAAAUCCAUUUAUUUUUCUUGUCAAUUUCUUACUUUACACUUGAGGUAGAAUUAAAUCUGAUAAACAGAUCUCCCGGGUAAGCAAAAUUAGUUAAGUAUAUGAUUGACAGUAUAUGACUCUAAUAACUGCCUUACAAUUCAUUCCUUCCAUGAGGUACAGGUAUCUAUUGAAUGUGUGGUCUGCAUCUUUCCCUGCCAGGCAGACAGCUCAUGGCAUGGUAUUCAACUGUUAAGUUUCUUUUGGCAGCUAUUCAGUGGGGAAAUUGGUGUUUAUGUUUGAAGGAGAAUAAAAGAAAGAAAGGAAAAACGUCUGGCCCUCCAUAGAGAACUAACCAAAAGGAAAGCACUAACUGGGGACAGAAUUAUAGAUAAUAAUUUUAAGGGUUGCUUCUGGCAAAGUAAAAUACAUAAAAUAUGCAACUCUUACUUAAAGGCCUUAUAUUAGUAGUCUUAGCUAUACAGUAAUAAAUUUUAUCAUUGCGUUAGUUACAACUAUGUGUGAAUAAUUUAAAAAACUUACGUGGAGUUAGGACAAAUGGAGUAGAAUAUACAUUAAAAGUGAACAAUCAUUAGCAGGUUAUCUAAUAUCUCAGGGUUUAUGAAAUAUCGUUAAAUUUAUUUUAAAAAAAUCAAAGACAAAUAUUAGGGUACACAGCUGGCCACCAAAUGCAAAGUCAGUCUGCCAUUUAACCUUGAAAAUGAAAUCAUUUUUGCAUAUUAUCACUGAUACCCAAUCCAUGUAAGCACUGAAAUCACGAUUCAUUGACUUUUUAGGGUAAAGAGGAGCUUAGAGUGGCAACAAUAUUAAGACAAGAUUCUCAUAUGAGUGCUACAUUUGGUUGACAUUUUGCUGAAUAACUGUAACGUCAAGAAUGCAAAGAUAGGUUUUAAUGUGGCUUUGACACAUCAGGUUUAAUGUGGCUUUGACCUGUAGCUUUGACACAUCAGAAAUUCUUUGUCCUUACCUUUAUGUUACUUUAUGCUGCUGGCUAUUGUGCCUCUGGAGAUAAUAACAGUGACCAAACUAUCUGUGCAGUUAAGGCUUAUUUUUUGAUUAUUGAAGUCUCAUUUUAAAAUAAUCAGAUCAUACCUCGUGAGCUUGCUGUCUGCUAUUUCUAGUUAAGACAUAAUAAAGACUAUCUUACUGUGCUGUA